CGUAAUUUCUUCAGCCAGUAAAGAUUGUCAGUGUUUGAUUAUUAAACUGCAAUAAAAUUCAUUCAAAUUCUAAUAAAAAAAUUAAAUAAUAAAAUGAAUUUAAAAUUUUUCUUAAGUUUUAUGUUAUUCACAUUAUUUUUGGCUAUUUCACAUGCUGAAGUACCAUCUCGUUGCUUGGAACCGACUCCGAAAGGCAGAGGCUUGUGCGAGAUGCUCAUAACUGGUUAUCGCUAUAAUCGUGACACCAAAAAUUGUGAAGAAUGGAGCACCUCCGGAUGUACACUCUCUAAAGAUAAAGGACAUUCUUACAAGACUCUGGAUGACUGCAAGAAGGAAUGUGAAAAUAUAGUCUAAUAUGAUAUAUACUAUAUUGAUUGUGAAUAUAUAUUGAUUUAUAUUGUUUGAAGUGAGCUUAUAUAUUACAUUGUUAGGUAUAUGAGCUAUUAUAUAAAGGUUUUGGUAUAUGUACGUUCCUCAAGAUAAAAUUGUUUAACAAACUGUCUAAAAAAUAAUAAGAAAUUAAAAAUAU